AUGGAAAUUUUGAAACGGCUACAGAAGAACCGAGACGCACUAUUAGAACAAUAUCAUACCAAUCUCGAGGAUAUUUACAGCCUGCAAGACACAUUGAUUAGGGACAUAUUGCCUUCUGUCACCGAUGAGCUUGAGCUCAGUGUAGAGUCCCAGGAAUGGGCAAAGGAAUGGCUUUCCGAUACUUGUACCCUCCAUGUUUCUCCCUUUCAGCGCAACAAAUUCACGCGGUCAUUCUCCUUGGAGGCAGUCCAGAAAACUUUGCUAUGGCGCCUGGAUAAUUUAUGGCCAAUAGAACCUCCUAAAUCGAUCCCCAAUCUUCAUUGCCUACCCGCCGAUAUCCGCGACCCCUUAGGCAGGCCUAUCUUGGUCGUGGAAAUGAGUGCAGUCGACGAGUCCCUGGAUUCUCAGAAACGUUCUAUAAUCCAGGCCUUCGAGCAACUUAGGUUACAUUUAAGGAAGCUAUACGACAGCUCUGAUGACGAUGCAAGGCCGCCGCUUCAGUAUGUGGUUCUGCUUGACCUGAGCCAACUGUCCCUUCAUAGCAUAAACAUUGAUUUAUUCACGUGGGCAGUACGUGAGGUGAUACCACGUUUCUCUGGGCUGGUUGCAGCAGUCUUUAUGCUUAAUUACUCUUGGGCUCACGCUGGCCUCUGGAAUGUUUUUAAGCGUCUAUUGCCAGAGAGUGCUUUAUCUCGAGUUUUCUUUCCAUCAAAGAAUGAAUUAGUAGAAUACUUCUCUGAAUCGGCAUUGCCGCAAGUAUGGUGGAAAUAUGCCCACCUUGGCACAGAUGGAGGAUCCAAUGCGCCCUCAUUUACCUAUCCCAGAAACACGACCAAGCACCAUACUACCGACGGCCGCUUUGCUCCCGGUAUCCGAAUCAUCGUCGAUUUCUCCCUCAUGGAUUUCCCCAACCUCACUUUUAAAUCCCUUCUUCGGGUACUCUGUAUCAGCAACCUCGACGGAUGGUUCCCGAACUUUUCGUCACGGUCGUCGACGAAAACGAGAUCUUGCUCGGACAUUACUGUCUCUUUUUUGGUUGCGCUGGCGGAAACAUAUCACCUUCGGCUUGUGCCUAUCAAUUGCCUUGGUCCUCCUAAGGAUUAG